AGGGAGAGUAGCAGCUGCAGAACCACGCAGUUUUCCCCUCAGGCAGCAGCUCCCGCGGUUGCGGCAGCAUCGCCCACCCUCGGACCCCGCAGGAUAUCCCGUUCCCAAACCUUGGCCUCAUGGAGGGGGAGGAGGCCGUGAGGAAGAGGAGGAUGGCUCUGGAGGCGCAGGCAGAGCAGGAGCUGAGCACGGACAGCAGCGAGGACAAAUCCCCGCAGCAGAACCUCGUGCAAGAGGCCGUUUGUAGCGGUUCCACGCCACAGGAACGCAACGGGGAGGAAAAGCCGCGGAGAUCCCGCACCAGGAGGGGCUGCAAAGGCACAGCCCGGGGAUCCCAGCAGGAAAGAGCCAGCCCGGGCCGGAGAAGCGGAUGGAGCUUGGAGCAACUUCACAAUGGGGAGAAGCCCCACAAGUGCUCAAAAUGUGGGAAGAGCUUCAGCCAGAGAUCCAACCUGCUUUGCCACUGGAGAAUCCACACGGAGGAACGGCCCUAUGAAUGUGAGGAGUGUGGGAAGAGAUUCAGCCAGAGCUGCAAUCUUAUCCGCCACCUGAGGAGCCACACCGGGGAGAGGUGCUAUGAGUGUGGGGAGUGUGGGAAGAGCUUCAACCAGAAGUCUAACCUGAUUGCCCAUCUGAGGAGCCACACAGGGGAACGGCCCUACACGUGUGGGGAAUGUGGAAAGAGCUUCAGGAUUAGCUCGGAAUUGAUUGUCCACCAAAGGAGCCACACAGGGGAGAGGCCCUAUGAGUGUGAUAACUGCAGGAAGAGGUUUCAGACCAGCUCCUCUCUCCUCCUGCACCAGCGGAUUCACACAGAUGAGAGGCCCUUCCCCUGCCCCGACUGCGGGAAGGGCUUCAAGCGCAACUGCACCCUCGUCAGACACCAAGUCAUCCACACUGGGGAGAGGCCCUACGAGUGUGAUAAGUGCAGGAAGAGAUUUCAGAGCAGCUCUGAUCUCCUCAAGCACUAUUGCAUUCACGUAACGGAGAGGCCCUUCCGCUGCUCUGACUGUGGGAUGAGCUUCAAGCAAAACUGCACCCUUAUGAGGCAUCGGUGCAUCCACACCAGGGAGAGACCCUGUGAGUGUUGGGAGUGUGGGAAGAGCUUCUCACAGCGCUCUAACUUGAUCAGACACCAACAGAGUCUCCACUAAGAGUAGCCCCACAAGUGCCCCGAGUGCAGGAAGAGCUUUGUGUGCUGCUCCAGCUCCAUCCCCCAUGGCAGGAUCCGCGCUGGAUGAUCCCCAGUGAGCCCCGGUGGGCAGAGCCCCGCUGAGCCCUGGUGCUGCUGAUCCGUGUUGGGAACACACCUGGCUGGGGGCUCCACAUCCUCUUGGCUCCCCAUGACCUAGAUUUUUUUAAAUUUCUCUUUACCCCUGUUUUGGGUGUUUUGGAAGGACAAAGUCAUUCAACUAAGGCACCACAUGUGGUGGACAAUGACAUGGGUGGGGACAUGGACAUGGAUUGGUACACAGUCAUGGAUGGAGAUGUGGCAGAACACAGACAUGGGUGAGGACAUCUGGAGACAUGUAAGGACACAGCCCUGGGGCGGGACAUGAGGGGACAUGGACAUGAGUAGCAACAUGGGGAAUAUGGAUGUAGACAUGGGGGGACAUGGACAUGGAUGGGGACAUGAACUGGGAUGGCAUCAGUGCACAACAGUGCCACCAGCAGCUUCAUCUUGGCCAUGGCAAAGCGCUGACCAAUGCAGUUCCUGGUGAGAGGUGGGUUUGGGGUCAUCUUGGGACUUACCAUGGGUCUUGUCCUCUCUGCAGUGAGGAGCAGCCCUGGCCAGGGAGCCUGGGAUGAACAGGUGCAGGAGAGGUUGGACACUGGUGCAGAUGGACACCAGAGCCAUGGAUCCCACUCUGGAUGGACACUGGUCUGGAUGGACAGCAGAGUCAUGAAUCCCACUCUGGAUGGACGCUGGUCCCGAUGGACAGCAGAGCCAUGGAUUCCAGCCAGAUACUGGUCUUUUUUGCUUAGUACAUAAAGAAGAAAUGUUAAAGGAAUCCCAUGUCAGUCAAGGGUAUUUGAAGGCAGAGCUGGAAGAGGCUAAAAUUUCAUUGCAAAAGGUAGAGGUACACCUUGCUUACGGUUUUACAGUAUAAAUAGACUAAAUGAGUAUUUGCAUAAAUAAUUGUGGAUACUUUAGAUAUGAAACAGCUGUAGCUGUUUGUUCCAAGACAUGUUUAGAAGUUAUAUCAUGUUUUGAAGGCUACUCAGAAGAACUUAGAAAAUGAAUUCCAGACUACAGUGAAAACAUUAAUUGAGGUCACCAGAGAAAAGGAAGCACAGGAGGAAGAAUGUAAAAAAGUGAAGGCUUUGCUUGCAGCCAUGACAGAGGAGUUUGAGAUUUCUACUGCCAAUUUGAAAAGCCUGCUGCAAAAUGAGCAAAAUAGGUUAAUUAAAGAGUUUCAAUUCAGAGUCAUCUUACAGGUUGCAGUCUAUGACAAAAUCAAGAACAAUUGGAAAUGAAGCUGAAAUUUGGAGCAUUUGUGAUACAGUGGUCUAAACGCAAAUAAUGUAAUGUAAUUUUUUUAUUUGUGCUGGUUGAUACUGGUCUAUGAAAAGUAAAUUUUUGCCCCCUCCAACUUCCAUAAUUCUGUCUUUAAGAAAUGCAAAUUUCUGUAAGUAUAUAUUUGUUUACUUUAAUGCCUACUGUUCCAAAGUUGUAAAAGUGAAAUUUGCUAUGUGUUGCAGGCUGGUAUGUUAUCUGCCUGUUGAAAGGUAAAUGUUCUUAAAGGGCUUGUAGUAAGACAAUGUCCUGUUGUCCUUUAAGUUUCGAAUGCAGUGCUUUGUACUAUGCAUUUGCGGUAUCGAAAUUAUCAUUUUCUUAGAUCAAAGAAAUAUGAAGAUUAAUUAGUGCUGCGUACCUUGGAGCUCCAAAAUAAGUCUGCUGAACUGGGUAAGGCUUGUAGAAAGGCAGAAAAUGAGCUAGGCAGUAAUAAAAAUAUUUUCUAAUGUUUUCUGGAAAUAGAUAGCUUCUAGUACUCAGAGAAAUGAUUUUACAGUACCUGUACGUGUCAGGAAUUCCUAAAUUUGUUUUUACUCAUCUGACUCCCUUUCCUUUGGUGGUCAUUGGUAAUUGCAACAGUGGAGGGCAGUGCUAUGCAGAGCUCCAAUGGUAAGACCAUCCAUGCAUGAAUUCUCAGAAAGUAAUUUUGGUUUCCAGCUAAGGCCACUAGCACUGCAGCUAUCAGGACCAGCAGACAGGACUUCUGUAGCUUGUAGCAGGGAUAAAACCCUCCCAAUUAAGGUUUUUGUAGACCCUCUCCAUGCUGGAUGUGGGUUAUCUUUAAAUUAUGCUUGUUAUCAUGUGGUUUCUAGGGAUGUGCUCCUUAGCCCCCAGAGUAAGAGAUCUGCCUUCAGCACUGUUUCCCUGCUGUGCAGCACAUGGUGCUAGAUCUCAUCUGAUAGAUGAGAAAUAGAAUUGGAUGUCCCUGUAUGCAUUGAGGGCAUCUAUGGAGAAGUGUUCAAAAGUGAGCUGCUAAUGCUUGUCUAGGGCAAGGCAAGAUGAGACCUGUGAGAAUUCCAUGCCAAACAUAACCUUGGUGUCAGGUACUUGCAAAAAAUACCAGUAUUGUGAAUGUGCACCUAGAAAACAUUUGGAAGUUAGUAAUAACUGGUUUCCUUUGCGAUACUUUCAGCAGUUCCGUUUUUUUUUUUCCUGGAAAAAUGGAGAUGCAUCAAUACUUGGGAGAAUACUCUAGUCUUACUGUCCAUGGUGUAUUUGAAGCCAUAGUUGUGGAAAACAUAAUAGGCUCUGAAUUUUAUUUAAGAUAAAUAAUUAGUAUCUCUUCAGAUAUAGAUUUGCUAAUGUCUUAAUCAUUUUUUCAAGUCUACAUUUAGAUUAAGUCAUAAAUUAGCUUUACAGUUUCUUAACUUAAUCCAGUAAGUUUUGGGAAAUGGGUAUUGCAAAAGGGUAAAUGUUUUAUACUGCCUGCUAAAUAUGAAAAAUUAUUUAUGUUACAUUAAUUUUACAUUACAUGUGCUGUAGAAGAGAUGAAUAAAGUAAAAUGUGACAAAGAAGUGCACCUUGAAGAGCUGUCAGAAACUCUGGUCAAUAUUCAUUUUAUUAAUCUCAUGGCAUUUGAUUUUCAUAUGAAAUUCCUCUUGCUUUGUAAGUACCUUAAAUGCCAUAAAUAAACACAGUCCACUCUGCCUUAA